AUGUCCCCGAAGCGCCUGGCGAAAGAAGACUACACAGUUGGUUGGAUAUGUGCCCUUCCUGUUCCAGAGCUGAAGGCCUCUAGGCUGCUAUUCGACGGGGAGGAGCAUGAAGACGUAUUUUUGGACCACAAGAUAUCACACCAAUAUGUGUAUGGAGAGAUGAACGGUCACAACGUGGUCAUGGGCUGCCUGCCCGCAUCACAAAUGGGCAAGGCGUCUGCGGCCUCGGUUGCAACUGAGCUGUUCACCACAUUUCCCGGGCUGCACUUCGCACUCAUAGUUGGCAUAGGAGGUGCUGUUCCCUUUCCCAACGACGUUCGCCUGGGUGACGUCGUUGUGAGCUUGCCAGAUCUCGGCCGGCAGCAUGGUGGUGUCGUACAGUACGAUUUCGGUAAGGCCAUGCACGACGGCAAAUUCGUAAAGACAGGUCAACUCAAUCAACCGCCCACGUCCGUUCUUUCUGGCCUUGGCAAACUCCGGUCUGCGUCAGCGCGAAAGAUGAACUUUUGCCACUACUUGGACUUAUACAAGAAUGACUCCUAUUGGGACCCUGGAAAAGAUGACCGCCUCUUCGGCGCGACUUACAGUCAUCUCGAAGGGCAAGCAACCUGCGAGAAAUGCGACUUGGACCAUGAGCAAGCCCGUCUCAAGCGGACAGCUUCUAGACCCUCUGUCCACUACGGUUUGAUCGCGUCCGGUGAUCAGGUCAUGAAGGACGCUGUGAAGAGGGACGCUAUUAGUCAAAAGCAUGGCGGCAUUCUUUGUUUUGAGAUGGAAGCAGCUGGUGUUGCAAACAUUCUUCCAUGCCUCGUCGUCCGAGGGAUUUGUGAUUACUGCGAUUCUCACAAAAACAAAGCGUGGCAACCAUUUGCCGCUGCAGCGGCAGCCGCAUGGGCAAAGGAACUUCUUGGUAACAUCGCUCCAGUGCAGUCACGAGAACAGGGUCCCAUUCACCAAUACGACCGUCAUAGGACAGCACAAGAUGUAUGGAUGCAGAAGUUCGUUGGGCAGCUAACCACGACGAAGCGCUCAGUGGAUGAUAUACGAAAGCUGAUCGGUCGAAUUUCAUCGUAUGAGGCACGAAAGAUCCUGAAUCGAAUUGGUCGCAAAAGGAUGCAGGGUACCACGGAGUGGUUUACGCGCGCUCCAGCGUUCGAUCAAUGGGAAUUUGAUAGUGCAAACAGCAGCAUACUGUGGUUGUCGGGUAAAGUCGGGUCUGGCAAGACAGUUGCCAUGACGGCCGCUGUUCAUCAUGCGAUGUCCACAGUCCAAGCUUCGCGGGAUACGAAGGUCAUCCAUCAUUUCUUUCAGUAUCCCGACACGAAAGCAAUGGACCUGUUCCGGAGCCUGACAAGGCAACUCAUCCAGAUCUCCAUCGAUGGCAACACGCCAUGCCCUUCAGAACUUGUCCACGACCUGGACUUGUAUUUUGGGGACUGCAAUAGGAGCCCAGACCUGGAUGAGAUCAUAGACGACAUCGUGAUACCACUGACAUAUACGAUCAACAAAUUGAUUGUCUGUGUCGACGGCGCAGACACGAGUGAUGAACACGAACAAAGGUACAUUUGGUCUGGCUUGCACAGGUUAUCAGAGCAGAGAACAGAACGACAGAAAUAUACGAGGAUAAUGAUCACGAGUGAGAACGAGUCCCAACUUGCCACACUUGUUCCAGCAAAUGCUUUACGGAUCCGACUUGACGAUGGUUGCAAUUCGAAGGAUAUCGAGAUGUACAUCGACACCCGCUUGCAGGAACGCGCGGGCAAACGCCAACUCUUCCACGACCGAGGACUCCGAAUCAGAGUAAAGGAUGCUCUGCUGCAACGAGCUGAAAACAUGUUCUUAUGGGUGCACAUUUUGCUUGACGAGAUUUUACGUAACUGCACCACCGUAGCGGAAGUCAACUCGACGCUACAGGAUCUCCCAAAAUCACUCUCCGAUCUUUACUUGCGGUGCCUGACGCGCAGAUUGGACGGGCAACUGCUCUGCAAUCCCAAGGUCCUGAAAUGGUGCUCGGCGGCUCGAGAACCACUGUGCGUAGAUGCCGUGAGUGACAUGCUCGCCCUGGAUCUGGAAAGUGGCGAGAUCGACCAAGACAGAAGACCAGAUCCGGAUUCCGUGAUACGGGCCGGAGUGAGUCUAUUGGUUUUGGAAGAGACAGAUUUACUCCUAGAGCCUGCGCACCACUCGAUCCGCCAAUUCAUUUUCUCGAAUCUACUCCGCGACACCCACUUCCUUGACGGCGACUUUCGGCCAGCCCUUCAAGAUGAACUAAAUAUGUCCAGAGAUCAAACCGAGCUUGAGAUCGGUCAGCUUUGCCUCAGUCAUAUUCGAGCGAAGACAGGCAUCGACAUUCAAAUAUAUCGGACAGUCAAAGCGCCUCCGAUUUUGGGGAUGAUACCGCAGUUCUUGCAGAAGGGGUUGCGCCUAGGUCAGGGGAGGUCAGAAGCUCCCGGUAUCCCCAUCCAGCGCCCGACAAAUCAGGAUACAGCCUCGUUCCUACAGUUCGCGAUCCAAACCUGGCUCUUGCAUACCACGAAAUUCGACAAGACAAAGACGUCAUGGGAGAAGUUCGAAUAUGUGGCACUGCAGCCAAAUUCGUCCUGGAAAUUGCACCCCUGGCCAGCAGUCGGUAAUACGCAGAUCUCCCACCUGCGAGGGCUUCUUGGAUAUGCUGUCGCCCAAGGCCACCGGCCCCUUCUUCAAUUAUUAAUGGACCAGCCUACAUUGUUGCCCAGAAAGGUGUAUGACGAGGUGCUUCCUGGAAACGAUCUCCUGCCUGCACUACAUGUUGCCGCCAAACACGGUCAUGUUGAUCUGAUACCCAUGCUCUUGAAGCUAUGUUUAAUCAACAGCUUGUGUCCCCAACACCGACGGACUGCGCUGCAUGUCGCACUUGAACACGGGCAAGAUCAGUUCGCUAUUGCACUUUGUGCCUUCCCUGGUGCCAAGGUUGACACACUCGAUGCACGUGGGGUGUCGCCUCUCGCCCUGGUAAUUCGUAAUGGUCCGAUUGGCACGAUCAAAACUCUGCUCUCUGGUAGGAGAGUAAGGCUUGAUUCGAAAGGUAACGGUCUCACCUCGCAGGAACGUGAAGACUGCAUUGCUUGGAAAGAGAUAUUGCUCAAUAAAGUGGACGUUCACUCGAAGGAUGUUGGUGGGUACACACUGCUGUACCGCGCGUUCCUCCAACAAAAUCGUACUAUGGCGAAGCUGCUUAUCGCAAGCCAAGCAGAUGUCAAUCCGAAGGACAGAGUUGGGAAGACACCACUCAAUCACGCAGCGUCUGUUGGGGACAACCCGAUUGUCAAGCUACUUGUCGCAAGCGAAGCGGAUGUAAACACGAAAGACAACCUGGGAUGGACACCGCUACAUUACGCCGCGUCAAGAGGAGACGAAGCGACGGUGGAGUUGCUUCUCGCAAACCAAGCGGACGUUCAUGCAAAGAACAAGAAAGGACGGACACCGAUGGAGCACGCAGCUUCUCAAGGUCACAAAGCCAUUGUGAAAACGCUUCUGAACAAGAGCAAAACGACCUCGUCUCUGGUACGCUGUGAGCAGCAUGAUAAACAGGGACGAUCUGUGUAG